GGUCAGUGAUCCGUAGAAGUAGAAGGGAUGGUUAACUUCACGUCGAACAAUGUCUGUUGUAAAGUGUUUUAAUAGUGUGUUUCCGUUCACUCGGAAGAUACGUCAUUUAGUAUCAUAUAAUGCAAAUGAACUGCUUCCAAAUAAUUCGAGUAACUGGAAAGUAUCGGCAUCAUCGAACUUUCAACAAGACAGAGAGAGAAAAAACACCGUUCAUAGUAGGAAGGGCCUGGUCUUGACAGCAUGCGUUGGCAUUGGACUGGGUUAUGUAUUUCGAACAAGUCGUCAGGAUGUGGGAAUUUUACCUUUUCCCUCAGUGUGUGCUGCAACUAUAGAUGACAGUGGCAGAGGAAAGGGAAAAAUGACUCCACGAUUUAUGCAUAAUUUCAUUGCUGAUAUUGUUGACCAGGUGGCACCAUCGGUUGUGUACAUUGAAGUGAAAGAUAGUAGAAGGACUGACUUCUUCAGUGCCCCUGCAGCAUCAAAUGGGUCCGGUUUCAUUGUUAAAGAAGAUGGCCUAAUCCUCACAAAUGCACAUGUUGUUAUUAAUAAACCAAACAGUACUGUGCAGGUCAGACUUAAAGAUGGAAAGACUUACAGAGGAGUUGUGGAAGAUAUUGACAUAAAAUCUGAUCUGGCCACUGUUCGCAUACCUUGUAAAAAUUUACCAGUGAUGCGCCUUGGGUCUUCUCGAGAACUGAGACCAGGUGAAUGGGUAGUGGCAAUUGGUAGCCCUUUGUCUCUUUCCAACACUAUCACUGCAGGUGUGAUUUCAUCAGUGAACAGACCUUCAGAGGAACUGGGUCUCAGAGGUCGUGACAUGGAAUACAUACAAACAGAUGCUGCAAUAACAUUUGGGAAUUCUGGAGGCCCACUGGUUAACUUGGAUGGAGAAGUUAUCGGCAUUAAUUCCAUGAAAGUCACAGCUGGUAUUUCAUUUGCAAUACCUAUUGAUUAUGCCAAGGAGUUUUUGAAGAAAAGUGAGGAAAGAAAGAAAGCAGGGGCACCUACAGCGCUAUCAACAAAGCGACGUUAUAUGGGCAUAACAAUGCUCACACUAACUCCAGAUAUUAUAUAUGAACUUCAAAGCCGAAAUCGUCCAAUUCCACCUGAUGUGACACAUGGUGUACUUGUAUGGAAGGUGGUGGUUGGAUCACCUGCUUACAGUGGUGGUCUGAUGCCUGGCGAUAUAGUAACAUACAUCAACGACGUUCCUGUUUCUUCGGCAACAAAUAUUUACCAAGCAUUGGAAACUUGUACUCGAUUGGAAAUGAUUGUUGUGCGUGGAUUUCAGAAAUUUAAGGUCACAGUUAUACCUGAAGAUCCCUGAUACAGAGGAAUAAGGUAUUCUAAGCCAUGUGUGAUAUGUAUUUGAUGCCAGUUGAAAAGUGAAAUGAAAACUUCGGAUAAAGUAAUUUAUUGUUUGUACACAAUACACAUGCAUAUAUUUUACAAGAAUAAAG